CAACUCUGCAAAAUUGGCAGAGCAUAAACCCUAAACCCUAAUGCUAAUUCAAAAGCAUAACUGCAGAACCACGAAUACCCAGAUACACAUCUUGAUUUUCUUCUUUGAUAUGCUCUUCAAUUUGCAUAAAAUGUUCUCUCUCUCAAGAAAAUCAAACCCUAAAACCCUAAUCCUCUGGUCCCACCUUCAAUUCACAGUCUCAAUUUCAAGUCUCAAAGUGGUUUGGCGUAAAGACCGAAGGCUCGACCAAGCUAUUCAAAACGACAAGCAAUGGCGACUUUGCGCUCGGGUUGUCAGAGAGGUCCUAAACGAACCGGGUCAAGUCAUCCCGCUUCGGUACCUCGAGAAACGCCGUGAGAGGCUCCGAUUACCCAUCAAAAUCCAAACUUUCCUGGCCCGAAAUCCGGGUUUAUUUGAAAUCUACAUGGAUCGGAUCAAGCCGAAAUCCCAUCCGGUUCGUUUCGUCCGUGCUGGUGAUAGGCUUAACCAGUUUUUAGAGGAAGAGAAAAGGAUUUAUAGUGAAAAUGAGCCGUUAAUUGUUUCGAAACUUUGUAAACUGUUGAUGAUGGCAAAAAAUAGAGUUGUCAGCGCAGAUAAAUUAGUUGAGGUUAAGAGGGAAUUCGGGUUUCCAAAUGAUCUUUUAGUGAAUUUGGUGCCGAAGUACCCCGAAUAUUUUAGGUUAUAUGGGACUCCGGGAGAGGGGAAAUCGUAUCUAGAAUUGGUUUCGUGGAAUGACAAUUUUGGAAAGUCAGUUAUUGAGAAGAGGGCAGAGGAGGAGUCGAGGUUGAUGGGGAUUAGGGUGAGACCUGCGUUUAAUUGGAAGCUCCCACCUGGAUUUUAUAUCAAGAAGGAAAUGAGGGAGUGGAUUAGGGAUUGGAUGGAGCUUCCAUAUAUCUCGCCUUAUGAUGAUGUAUCACAUUUGGAGCAGGCAUCUCCUGAAAUGGAGAAGUGGACGGUUGGGGUUUUCCACGAGUUGCUUUCUCUAUCCCUUUAUAAGAGGAUUCCAGUGCCUGUUUUGGGGAAAUUUUGUGAAGAAUAUAGGUUUUCAAAUGCAUUCUCAAGCGUAUUUACAAGGCAUUCUGGGAUUUUUUAUAUGUCGUUGAAGGGUGGCAUUCAGACCGCAAUGCUGAGGGAAGCAUACAAGGGUGAGGAGUUGGUUGAUAUCGAUCCACUUGUUGUGAUCAAGGAUAAGUUUGUUGAGUUGCUCGAUGAGGGACAUCAGCAGAGGGUCGAGAAAAUCAGGGUUAAAAGGGAAAUGGUUUGGAAAGAAAUGGAAUUCAUGUCAGCUAGUAAUAAAGAAUACAACUAUGAUAAGCAAAAUGCAGAGUUAUGAGAAACUGUGGAAAAUGACGUUAAGGAAUUCAAACACAGUAGUGUUGGAAGUUAUGAGGUAUCCCAAAUGUUUGCUCAGUAAUGUUGGAAGCACAUCUUGUUGAGGCGAGUAAUAUUUCUACUGGAUCUACUUCGGAUUAGCCUUGUGACAAGAUGAAGAUGUUAAAUGGUUUUUGUGACUAGCUUGCUUCCACUUCACAGCAACCGGCAACUGCAAAUGCAACUGCAACUGAGAGGGCUCGUGGACUAGUAUCCUUUAUAGAAAAGCUGCUUUUUGGAACCCGGUCUUUUGGUACAUGAUAAUCUUUCCAAGCAGUGCAAUGUAUGUUUUCCGCCUCCCUCAGGUCAUCCGUUGAGAUAAGUAACUGGUUUUGAUCGUUCCUGCGGUGCAUACGAGUUUGCUGUAUGGAUAUGCUUGUAUUGUAAAUGACGGGGCUCUUCUAUUUGAUCCUGAUAACAUUCUGAUCGAUGUUAUUAUUAAAUUGUCUGAUGAUAUUAGAGAAUGCUACGUUUAAUUUUCGGCAUUUUGAGUAUAUUUUGAAUUUUGAGAUCUGUAAGUGCUUAAAGCUCUUCAUUCUGAUCGAUGAUAUUAGAGAAUGGUUAAUCUAUUUUUAGCAUUUUGAAGUGUAUUUUGAAUUCUUAUAUCUGUAAAUGCUUAAUACUUAGUACCAUUCUUUGAUUA